AUGUUGGUAUUAUUGUUGCUUCUAAGUUUUGUGGCACUGCUUCAAGGUCUUAGCAUUAGUCCAAAUGUUAAGGUUAUUGAAAAAGCAAAUGGCAAUGGGAUAGAAGAAUUUGAUGUCAAUCAUCCCGAAGCUGUACUUUUAAAACCUCUAGUUAGGGAAUUGCCUGGCAAGUCUUUUGAGCUCAAGUAUGAACUUGGUGCACGUAAAGCAGGAGAUUCGGUUGUGUUCCACGAAACGUCGCCAAAGGUAGUGUUCCAUAUGCCUAGCAAUCCUCAAGUACAAAUGGUGUGUCCUUCACCCGACAUUGACGAAGUGACCUUUCUUCGAAUAACAACGUAUCAAAAUUCUAGAAAGGGUGAUGCUUACGUUUCCAACGGCGGCAUUGGAAGAAAACACAUUUUGUUUACCGUCAAUGCAUAUGGAACUAAAAAUUGGCAAUGGGAAAUCGAAAUAUAUGCCAGAAGGACUUAAAUUAUAAUUAGUAAGAAAAAUGUCACAAUUUCCUAAUUCUGUUCUAAACAAAAAUACAAUUAAACUUGUGAACAUAAGUUGAGGAAAUAAACAUAUCUACAUACAUGUA